AUGUCGACAGACAACGCAGUCAAGAAAGCUCAUCCAAUAGCUUUUAGUUUUAUAAUCCUUUUCAGUUUCAUCGAAUUCUUAAUCACUACAAUCUUAAUAAGUAAUUAUAAUUCAGACAAUAGUUAUUACAGCGAUAGUCUUCGAGAUCGACUUAAAUUCUUACUGUUCACUUCAAUCUGGAGUUUAGUCUUCACUUCGAUUUAUCUAUUCGGAAUCUUUAAACUACCAACAAACUUUUUAUUCUCCUUAGCAUCUCAUGCAGGAUUUCUCUUUAUAACUUGGAUCUUUUGGUUAUCUGGUGCUGCUGCUCUAAGUGAUACUUUGAGUGGUCUUUCAUGCGGUGAUUUGUUUUUAUCAGAUGUUAGAAUUAAUGUUGGAAUUAGGUAUUGUCAUUCAUUGAAAGCUGUUCAAGCUUUUGCAUGGAUCGAAUGGAUCACCUUGAGUUUCGUUUUAGCUUAUAUCGCUUUGAUCGCAAGUAGAGCGGUAAAAGCUGGUACAGGUUUAAAGAGUCCAAUGAGAGAAGUUCCAGCAGCUGUUUGA